UCGCCCUCUCACCCUUCGUCCCCCCGACAAAACCCCGUUCUCGAGCUCGAUCACCCGAGCUAGGGUUCUUAUCCCCUUUAAAAAAAAAGAAAAAAAAAACCAAAAUCCAAAACCCUAACCCUAGAAAAAAUGUCCUCAAUCCUCCCCAAACCCGAAUCCAUCGAGAUCCGCGAGGUCUGGUCGUCGAACCUCGACUCCGAGUUCGCCCUGAUCCGGGACAUCAUCGACGACUACCCCUACAUCGCCAUGGACACGGAGUUCCCCGGCGUCAUCCUCCGCCCCGUCGGGCCCUACAAAACUACCUCCGAUUACCACUACCAAGCCCUAAAAUUCAACGUCGACCUCCUCAAGCCCAUCCAGUUAGGGCUCACUUUCUCCGACCCCGACCUCAACCACCGCUUCGUCUUCCAGUUCAAUUUCCGCGAGUUCGACCCCCAGUACGACGUCUUCGCCUCCGAUUCCAUCGACCUCCUUCGCCAGUCGGGGAUCGACUUCGAGAAGAACAUGGAAUUCGGCGUCGACGUUGUCAAGUUCGGCGAGCUGCUGAUGUCGUCUGGGGUCGUGCUCAACGAUGGGGUCCAGUGGAUUACGUUCCAUUCGGGGUACGAUUUCGGGUAUUUGCUGAAGAUUUUGACUUGCAAGAGCCUGCCUGAGAGCCAAGAAGGGUUCUUUGAUUUGAUUCGGACGUAUUUCCCGAGGGUUUAUGAUAUUAAGCAUCUCAUGAGGUUUUGUAAUAGCUUGCACGGGGGUCUGAAUAAGUUGGCGGAGUUGCUGGAGGUGGAGAGGGUUGGGAUUUGUCAUCAGGCUGGGUCUGAUAGCUUGCUGACUGCUUGUGCGUUUAGGAAGCUGAAAGAGAGUUUCUUUAAUGGGUCGACGGAGAGGUACGCCGGCGUGCUGUAUGGGCUCGGUGUUGAGAAGGGCAGUGACUGAUGAGUGGUUCGGGCUGAAAGAAAUGUAUGAAGCAAUCCGUAAUGGAGAUUGGAGUCUGCGAUUGGUGAUUGGAUGCUGUUACUACCUGUGUAACGUCUUUGUGGAUGCCUGAGUGUCCUGCUUGUGGGAAGAAGUGGUAGGACAGGACAUGGUUGAAGCGGAGUACUCGAUGACAAUUAACAUACAUCAACUUGAGUAAAUGUGGACAAAGUGUCAAGGUUAACUGCGAAUUGAGUACAGCAUGGAUGCGGAACAGUAGAAGCAUAUGUAAGUAAGU